AUGAGCUUGUUUUACAAAACAAAAAAAUUCUGUUGCUUCAUAUGGUCGGCUCUUGAUUGCGAAACAGAAGUGGCCAAUAAAUGUAAUCAAAAUUUUAGUCAAUCAGCUAAAAAAAAUACUAUUGAUUGUUUUCGAGAUGGUUGUAAUGAAUUUUCUUAUGGUAGUUGGUCAUGUUGGUGGACACCGAAUAAAAUAAAUAUCACAUUAACGACAGUUAUAGCUAUUCUUAUUGCUCUAGGUAUUAUAGUAAGUUGUUUUCUUGCUUUUAAACCACCUCGAUCAGCAAAGAUCGAUCAAAAUUUAGCAAAAAUAUCAUCAGAUAAUAAGAUCAUCACCAAAAAAAUGCAACUAGCACAACCAGGACCAGAAUUCUUUCACCGUCAAUAUAUGAAUAACACACCAAAAAAACUCGAAACAAUAUUCGUACCAGCAGAUAUUGAUUUGUCAACAUUACCAGGACCAAGUUGGCGAGUAUUCGCUCAUGUGCCAGCAACACCACCAACAACACCACCACCAACACCACCACCAACAGUAAUAGCAGAAGCAGCUCUGCCAUUGUUAGAUGGUGCAAUACAAUCUCAAAUCAUUUGAUACAAUAUUUCAUA